AUGAAUGGAUAAAUGAUAUUCAAACCUAUUUAAGACUUUUUUUUGCAAAAUAUGACGAAAAUAUUCAUAUAAAUUAUGCAAUUUCAUUAGUGAAUGCCACCAUCAAACUCCAAAGCGGAAUUGAUAGUUUUGAAAAACUUCAUAAUGCACUUAAAGAAGAUUUUUCUUUUACAGUAUUCAAGUAUACAAAUAAGAAGAAAUUACAAUCAUUAAAAUAUAUUCCCGAGAGAGAAGGCGGCGAUACUUCAAAAUUUCUUUCAAACUUUCGCCAAUUAUGUUAUAAUGCUGAGAUCAAUGAUAUAGAAGAACAAAAGAAUUACUUUUAUUUAUCACUUUCAAAUAAUUAUUAUAAUUUAAAUGAAUUUUAUAAGAAAAUGAAAAAUAUCAAAUCAACAAAUGAAUUAAUCCAAGAAUUUGGCAAAAUUAUUAUAGAUAAACCAAAUUUAAUUAGAAACGGAUGUAUUGUAGCUUUAAAACACAUUGCAACAGGAAAAUAUUUAAGUUCAAUUAGUGGUUUAUGUUAUCCAACUGGAAGCACAUCUCAAUUGGUUUUUGCAAAUAAUUUGCUUGAUUCAGAUGCUUUAUGGAAUAUUGAAUUUACUAGCGGUAAAGAACUAGCUUCAUACACUGAUACUAAAAUAUGUUUACAAUACAAAAAUUCUAGUGCCUCUCUUGGAAUUUAUUAUUAUGGUAUUUAUAAAUCUCCAGUAACUCAGCACACGGAAGUAAGUUGUAACUUCAACAGUAGUUAUACUCAAUGGAAGUUUAAUAAUAGUAAAAUAGAAAAUGAUCAAGGAUAUUUGAAAUCAAAUGAUAUUAUUAAUAUUAAAAAUGUUAAUUUAAGUCAACAAUUUUUACGUAGUCAUGAUUUUCAAUUUACUAUUGGAAAUGAUACUUUUCAAGAAGUUGUCUGUCAUAAUAAAAGACUUGGUGGCAAUGAUGAG